ACAGACCUUACCGUAAUUCCAGCAAUUUCCGUUACGCCUCAGCGCCUCAGAGGAGAGAAGCUUCCCUGCAUGGCUGCAUUACGGGCGAGGCGAGUGGUAUAGCUGGUAGGUAGUCCGUUACACCGCUCGCCUAAUCUUGCAACUCCUCUGACCUCUCUAACCGCCAUUCAGGACUCGGGGUAAACGCAAACCAGCAGCUACACUCUCGUCUCCCUCUCCUCCGAUCCAUUGUGACAUGCGGCUCCCCACCAAGGCACAACAACUUACAAUGUCAUUGGCAACGGCGAAGCUACGGGAGCGCACGCAGUUCAGGCUGUCCGUGCUGCCGCCGGCGUCGCCACCACCGUUCAUGUUCCAGGAGCACCCGUUCGGCGGCCUGCCGUCGUGUCCGCCCGGAUCGCCCGACCCCGUCAUCAACAACCUCACGGAGCUCGAGAGGGUGGGCGUCCUCGGCCAUGGCGCGGACGGUACGGUCUACAAGGCGCGGCACCGCCGCACGGGCGCGGAGCUUGUGGUCAAGUCGCUGCGCGUGCGCGGCGACGGCGGCGCCGCGCUCCGGGAAGCCGACGUGCACCUCCGCGUGGCCGCCGCGGCGCCCGACCACCCGCACGUCGUCCGCCUCCACGGGGUCUUCUCCGCGAACCCGGCCGCCUGCAGCGACCAGCAGCUCCUGCGCCUUGUCCUCGAGUACGUUCCUGGCGGCUCGCUCAGCGACGUGCUCCGGCGGCGCGGCCGCCUCCCGGAGGACGCCAUCGCGGGCGUGGCGCGCAACGUGCUCUGCGGCCUGCGCCACCUGCACCGCCUCGGCAUCGUUCACGGCGACGUCAAGCCGUCGAACCUCCUCGUCGGCCUCCACGGCGAGGUCAAGAUCGCCGACUUCGGCGCCAGCCUCCACGUCCCCAGCGGCGGCGGCGGCGCGCACCGAGCGGCCGGCGCCGAGGGGACGUGCGCGUACAUGAGCCCGGAGCGGCUGGACCCCGAAGGUUUCGGCGCGGCCUCGCCGUCGGGCGCUGCCGACCUCUCCAGCGACGUGUGGUCCCUUGGAGUGGUCCUCCUAGAAUGCCACAUGGGUAGGUUCCCGCUGGUGGCGGCUGGGGAGAGGCCGGAGUGGGCGGCUCUGGUGGUGGCCGUGUGCUUCGGGAGCGCGCCCGAGGUGCCUGUGACGGCGUCGUCGGAGUUCAGGGACUUCGUGCGGCGGUGCCUGGAGAAAGACUGGAGGAGGAGAGCCACGGUGGACGAACUUCUAGGCCACCCCUUCGUCGCGGGAGGGCCGCCAUGUUGCGCCACCACCACCACCACCAACGAGUGGCUAACCAACUUCCAUGACGAACUGAUGACAGUCGAACGCAAAGAACACUCCUGAUACAGAACUCAACGAACGUGGCAACGACGAGAAUAAAGACCUAAUGGUGAUCAACGGUCGAUGCAAAUCCAACUGAACAUGAGGCCAGCCAAGCGAACUUGAUCAGGUUUGGGAGCAUAAUUCAGAGGUGUCUGAAUCCCGCGGCAGAGCUGGUGAUCAGCUGCAGUUGCUUUGUGAGGCCGCAAAACGACUGGCUUCAUGAGCCGCCCGUGGUCGCACUCGCAGGUAAACAAAACAUGCAGUGGUUUGCAAACAGAUUUGGGUGAAUCAUCAGUCCUAGGCUGCGACUGCGACCUGCUCAAAGUUGAGCUCCAAGCGUCCAAUGGUACAACUUACCGUGUUCAUGUAUUUUUUUUCUUCAAUUCGAACGCGUACAAAAAGUAGAAUUGAACGCAUAUAAAAUUUUCAGUUCGCACGCUCACCAGCCGCCGCCGAUCGGCUAUGGGCGAGUUCUCUAAAACUUAUCGGAUUUUGCCCUGUUAUUUCAGCUGGGGAAUCGGAAUUCCUCCAUUCCUUGUGUGUGUGUUUUUGUUGAAUCACGGUUUAGGCUUUGCUUUGCUACAGGAUCCAUAAAUAACUAUAGACCGUCCAUCUAGAUGUCAA